CGAGCGCGGCGGCUCGGCGCAGAGGAUUGGCCGCUCCCUGCUCCGCUCCCACAGCCUCGCGCCGCUCGCUGUCGCCCCGUCCCCGCGCCCCCCCGGCCGGCCGAGCAGCGGGCCCCCGCGGCCGGCGCCAUGCAGCGGGCGCGCCCCGCGCUCUGGGCCGCGGCGCUGAUCGCGCUGGCGCUGCUCCGCGGGCCGCCGGCAGCACGGGCCGGCUCGGGCGCGGCGGGCACCGGCCCGGUGGUGCGCUGCGAACCGUGCGACGCGCGCGCCCUGUCCCAGUGCGCGCCGCCGCCCGCCGCUCCCCCGUGCGCCGAGCUGGUUCGCGAGCCGGGCUGCGGCUGCUGCCUGACCUGCGCGCUGCGGGAGGGUCAGGCGUGCGGCGUCUACACCGAGCGAUGCGGCGCAGGCCUCCGCUGCCAGCCGCCGCCGGGCGAGCCGCGCCCGCUGCAGGCGCUGCUGGACGGCCGCGGGAUCUGCGCCAACGCCAGCGCCGCCGGCCGCCUGCGCGCCUACCUGCUCCCCGCGCCGCCCGCGCCAGGAAACGGCAGUGAGUCCGAGGAGGACCGCAGUGUAGACAGCAUGGAGAACCAGGCCCUGCCCAGCACCCACCGGGUGCCUGACUCCAAAUUCCACUCUGUCCACACCAAGAUGGACGUGAUCAAGAAAGGGCACGCCAAGGACAGCCAGCGCUACAAGGUCGACUACGAGUCUCAGAGCACGGACACCCAGAACUUCUCCUCUGAGUCCAAGCGCGAGACGGAAUACGGGCCUUGCCGCCGGGAAAUGGAGGACACGCUGAACCACCUCAAGUUCCUGAACAUGCUCAGCCCCCGGGGCAUCCACAUCCCCAACUGCGACAAGAAGGGCUUCUACAAGAAAAAGCAGUGCCGCCCUUCCAAAGGCAGGAAGCGGGGCUUCUGCUGGUGUGUGGAUAAGUACGGGCAGCCCCUCCCGGGCUUCGACGUGAAGGGGAAAGGGGACGUGCACUGCUACAGCAUGGAGAGCAAGUAGACGCUGCGCCCACUUCAUGUGGAGCUCAAAUAUGCCUUAUUUUGCACAAAAGACUGCCAAGGACACGAUCAGCAGCUGGCUACAACCUCGAUUUCUAUGUCUCCUUGUGGCGAAUUGAUUUUUUUUUUUUUUUAAACCAAAGUUUAGAAAGAGAUGUUUGAAAUGCCUGGUUUUCUUCCAAACGGUGACUUUGGCAGGCAUCUCUCCACUUUGCAGUAGUCGGUGAAAUGCAGUUUGAUUUUUCGUAUCGCUUCCUAUAAAAGUACUUGUAAGCUCAAGCACAGUCCGGCCAUAGCCCACCCCGCCCGGGAGCCGUCCCUCCCCGCGUGUCCCUGUCCGCUGACACCCCGCCCCCCCCCCCCCCGACCCUCCGCUUCACGCCUUAGCCACGCUGUUGCUUACGCAGACGCAGGCUUUGUCCCCACUCUGUAAGAUGAGACAGGCCUCAUCCCAAAGAGGAAAAAGCCCUGUACCCGGGUGCUUGCACGUCCCAAAGCAUCCACGGGGAGCUGCAUCUUGGAAGCAAAGGCCCAGGGAUCCCUAGAGCAAGAAACUAUUUUGUCUGUCCAAGGGACCUGUACUGCUUGGCUACAAUGAGAGACUAAGGUGGAAUCUUGUAGACGAACAAACAUAAAGACCAAGAAUGUUCUGGAGAACGCUGGGAACCUGUGAAGGCAGGGACUUCUGACCCUCCUUUGUCAGGUGGCUUCCCGAAGACGCAGCCUUUGCUGAGGCCCCACGGGGCAGGGGGACAGGGCGACAGCCAGAGCCGUCACACCUUGUAGCCUCUUCUCCGAUGGAUGACUACAGAACGUAGUGCUUUCCCAGUCAGCAAUUCAAGAGCAAGUUUAUUCUGGAAGAUAAGCCUCUGAGAGGCCAAGGAGGUUUAUUUUCAUCUCUCACCUUUCGUCCUCCUUGGCACCCUGUAAAAAAUAAUAAUUCCGUCUAAGCAAGAAUGGUGAGUGGCUGGCUGGGGAGCCGGUCAAGGACACUGGGAGCCCACGGACUGGCCCUUGCUUGCUGUCCUCCGAACCCCUCCUCUUCCUGACUCCCAAGUACACACAGCGAGAAUCCCCUCUUCA